AUGAUGCCAACCACUUCAGAACAGGCUUUUGCCAUCGUCGGCGGAGUCGCGACACACCUUCUACACUUCAAGCAUGGAGAAAGGCAUGCAUACCCUUGGCGAUAUGUGGCCAUACUUCUCGCUGGGUCGGUAUCCCUCUGGGCCGUCAAGUGGUCACGAGAAGGCAGCGCCACGUCACUUCUCGCAGUCACCUCAAGCACAUCAGUGCUGUUAAUUCUUUAUCUAGCUGGCCUAGCGAGCAGUGUUUGUCUUUACCGACUAUUUUUCAACCCGUUGAAUCGGUUUCCAGGACCAUUUGCAGCGAGAUUGUCCAAGCUAUACUUUGUAUACCUGAGUUCCGACCUCCGUGGACACCGACAGCUCCACGCCUUGCACCAAAAAUAUGGCCGAUAUGUUCGCGUUGGACCCAACGACCUCUCCAUUGUGGACCCGAACGGCAUGAAGAUCGUCCUCGGAGCAAACUCGAAAUGCAUCAAGUCGGCUUGGUACGGUCAAGACAUGCCGUAUAUCUCGACCAACACAACGCGCGAUCGGGCUGCCCACGAUAGGAGACGUCGCAUCCUCGCGCCGGCAUUCAACGACAAGGCGCUCCGAGGCUACGCUUCGCGCCUACAAAAGUUUCACGACCUGCUCACAUCUCAAAUCGAUGCCUCAUCGGGAAAGCCAAUGAACGUCACGAAGUGGUUCGGGUACUGGGGCAUGGACAUGAUGUGUGACAUUGUCUUCAAUGGGUCCUUCAAUAUGCUCGCCAGCGGCGAGACGCACUCGGCGCUUCAGGUGGUGGGAGACGGACUGCAUCUUCAAGGCUUCGCGCUGCCACCCUGGCUAUACCGGGUAUUUGCCACCAUUCCCAAGUCCAAUUCCGGGAAUCGCGGCUUGGCCGCCUUUGCGGCGACGCAGCUGGAGAACCGCAUGCAACAGCAGGGCAAGACAGCCCACGCGGACAUGAUGCAGCCGCUGAUCGAGCACUACGACCGGCUGACCUCGGAAACGAAGCGAGCAAUACUGCCCCUUCUCCAAGGCGAUUCCCGCAUGUUGAUUGUUGCAGGCAGCGAUACGACGUCGACAACGCUGGUACACAUGUUUUAUCGGUUCUGCAAGGAGGCGGGCCUCGUCAACAGAGUGCGGGAAGAGGUGGAGCCGCUUGUAUCCGACCCGAACCUGAUCUCGUACUCGGACAUUCGCCAGGCCCAGCUGCUCCAUGCGUGCAUCAACGAGACACUGCGGUUGCAUUACCCUGGGCCAUCUGGCUUUUUCCGGAAGACUCCUCCCGAGGGAAUCCGCAUUGGUGAGCAGCACGUGCCAGGGGACACCAUCAUUCAGAUGCCGCCCUACGUCAUGGGCCUAGACGAGCAAGUGUACGAUCAAUGCCGCGAGUUUGUGCCCGAAAGGUGGUACUCGAGGCCUGAAAUGAUCAAGCACAAGGACGCAUUUUUGCCAUUCCUGGCUGGAUCAGAAUCCUGCAUAGGCAAAAACCUGGCCUACAUACAGCUGGCGGUGGUUGCGUCUCAGAUCAUCCUCCAAUUCGACGUGGCGUUUGCUCCCGGCGAAGAUGGUAGCAAGCUUGUACAAGACUCCAAGGAUCUCGGCAUGCUACAUCCGGAGGAACUACACGUUGUUUUCACUCGUCGUAACAAGAGACAUUCGUGAAUCAAGUCACAGACAAGGCAGAUUC